GAUCAGGGUCAGGGCUGCCAGCUGGUGGGGGGCCGUGCUCAGAGCUGAAAGGAAGAGCCUGGGGCUGUGCAGGAUUGUGGCAUGGGAUCAUUUGCAGGUGGUGGCCAUGUUGCUGUGCCAUACAGACACACAACGCGUGCUGCAGGGCUACCUUUACAUGCAAACUGUGCUGUCUGUGUGCACAGGGGCUGUGCUGGCCCUUGCGAAGUGUAUGCAGAGCACUGUGAUGGGUGUCAGGCAGAGCACGCUGCUCUCAAACCAUCAGGUGCUCGGUGGCAACGCUGCUAUGCAGUGAGCUGUGAGCGGUGAGUGAGGGGCACUCAGUCUCCUGCGGCUUUUUACCACUGUGAGUUGCAAGCAGCAAGCUCAUGGAGCUCUGCAGCCUCCAUCCAGGCAUGCUGCCCUGCCCUGCUGUCCGGGUAAGCUGGGCAGGUGUGGAGGGAACAGAGAAGGACAUUAGAGAAGUUGUGGUAUGUGGGAGGAAAGCUGGAGAUUUCUGCAGCUCUCCAUCACUCAGCAUCAUGGAAAGUGGAAAGGGGAGGGAGGAAUUGGGGCACGCAGGAGCUCAUGGGCAUGCAAAGGGUUCUGCAGGUGCUGGCAGAGGAUGUCCAAGUGCGCAGCGUUGGGUCCCUGGGCUGCACAUAUCCCAAAUUCAUAUUUGCUGUACCUGUUUUGUCACUUGUGUGAAAUCAGAGCUUGGGGUGGGCUGACCCCCACUCCAAACACUGUUAAGCAGCUCACCUCACACACAGCCACAGUCUCAUCUGCCCGUUCCCAACCUCCCUCAUGGCACAGAGCUGAGAGAAGCUGGGACAGGCAGGAGCGGGCUCUGCUUUGCUGCCGGUGUUUAAUGGGCACAUCCUCAGUGGACAUUUCCCUACAGAGAGCAGGUCUGAAUGCUUACAAUGGACCCUCAGAGCACCCCCCCUCCUGCCAUUGAAGUCACUCAGCAGCUCCCGGGUAACUCCUGCUGUCAGAUCCACGAUGGGUUCCUCUCAGUGACGCUGCCUGUGAUGUACUCACUGAUCUUUGCCGUUGGGCUGCUCAGCAAUGUGCUGGCACUCUGGGUGUUUUCAUUCAGCAUGCAGCGCCAGACCUCCAUCACUGUGUACAUGAGGAACCUGGCCCUCUCCGACCUCCUGCUGGCCCUCUGCCUGCCCUUCCGCAUCGCCUUCCAGGACAGGAGUGAGCCCCGUGUCUUUUGCAAUGUUGUUGGGGCCUUCUUCUACCUCAACAUGUAUGUCAGCAUCACUUUCCUCAGCCUGAUCAGCCUGGACCGCUACCUGAAGAUCAUCCGGCCCCUCCAGAAAUACAGGAUUCACACCGUAUCCUGUAGCACGUUGGCCUCUGGGAUGGUUUGGGUGGUGAACUUUGCCUUCAUGCUGCCUUUCUUUUUUGAGAAAAGAGGGAAGGGACCCUGUGACCAUAAAUGCUUCCACUUCAGGAGCAAAAGCACCGUGGCAGCAGCCUUCAACAUGGCCGCAGUAGCUGCCUUCUUCAUCGUGCUGUUGCUCUUCCUCUACUUCUACAGCAAGAUAUUUGCCAAACUGCACCAGGUCUCCUCAGUGAAGGCCCAGCAGCUGAACAAGAAGACCAGCACGAGAGCCAUCACCAAGACCUUUGUGGUCUUGAUCAUCUUCAUCGUCUGCUUCACCCCCUACCACACUAUCCGCAUCCCUUACAUCCUGGCGCAGAUCGGGGCCAUUUCCAGCCUGCCCUGGAAGCAAGGUCUGCACUUCACUAACGAGCUCGUGCUCUGCAUCUCAGCCCUCAACAGCUGCCUCGACCCCAUCAUCUUCUUUUUCUUGUCCAGCAGUUUCCGCAGGGCCGUGCUCUGCACCAUCCAGGGCAGGCUGAAGGGAGCCCUGCUGAGCAACCAGGGCAGGCUGACCCCCAGCAGGUCUGUGACAGAACUGUAGGGUCAAGGUCCAGAAAAUGGGAUUUCCUCAUUGCGGAUUGGCUCUGGCCACUGGUGUUUAUGGGACAAGACUUGCUGGGAAGAUGGAACCACUCCAUGAGACAUGGCUUAGAGGGCAUGGUGUGAUGGGUCAGGGUUGGGCUUGGUGAUUCAUUGAGGUCUUUUCCAGCCAUAAUGAUUCCAUGACUCUACGAUUCAUGUAAUGCCACCAGGGUCAGAACCUCCAUGGGAGUAAACAAGGAGGAAAGGACAACUGGGACCUUGCUUGUUCCUACCACAGCUGGCAUAGCUGAAGAGCAUAUUUCCAAGCACAAAUGAAGCUGGAAGUGCCACAGGAGAUUUGGCCUUGUCCUGGGAACCCCAGGCAGCCCAGAGCAGAGCUGCAGGCAGAUGGAGGAGAGGAGAGGAGAGGAGUGAGAAGGGGAAUGGGAAUCAUUACUAAGGACACAUCGUCUUCUCACCAAAGAGAGGAAGAAAGGGAUGGGACAGGAGAAGGUGCAGUGCAAAAGCAUCAGGGAAGGAUGAGGAGACAUCAAAGCAUCACUUGUGGAGCAGGGGAAUAUUUUGCUCCAUGAUGCAGCCCAGAGGUGAGCACUGCCAGACUUGCACUACAGACCUGCCAGGAAAUGCUGCAGCCCUGCAACCUCAAACCAUGUCAGCAACAGCUGUAUUCUCUAAUUACUGCAGCCUCUGUAACCUCAACUCAGCCCCACAUCUCCGUGCACCGAGCUCAGGGUUUCCUUUAGCUCUUUGCCCCUCUCACCAGCACAUUUGCAGGGGCUGGCAGCUCUCCUGGGCACAGCACAGCUCGCUUGGGGCCAUUGCUUCAGGAAGAUUGCAAUGGGCAGAGGGGCUACGGUGCCCCCGAGCCCCAACAGGAGCAGCUGGCUCUGAGCUUCGCAGCUCUGCUGUUCUGCAGCAGCUCCGAAAGAGAAACCCACGGGAGAUGUGCAAGAGCUGCUGCCUUCAUCAGCGCCUGUUCCCUUCCUGCAGAAGAUAUUUCUCUGUAUUUUUAUCCUGUUCUAUGCCCACACCUCAUUUGUUCCCUUAUUCUUAGGGCAGUGCAGAGGUGGAGCAGCAGCAUGCACUCUCUGUUGGGCAGCAGAGCUGGGCAGUGAGGGGUGAGGGUUCAUUAAGACCAAAGUGCCAUAGUGACCACAAGACUCCAACACCUGAAUAAUACUCGGGAGAAUAAAAUGUUUCCUUAAAGACUGAUUGAUCUGAUUUUUCCAAUCAAGGUAUGAGCAGCUUCAGUCCUCUUUUCUCUCUGUAUGAUGAGCAGGAGAGACGGAUAUUUCACACAGAGGGUGGUGAUGCACUGGAACAGGUUGCCCAAGGAGGCUGUGGAUGCC